UCCUCCAAAGUUACCAUGGGUGAACACCGCUGCAACAUGGACGGCUUUUAUGAUCAGCAGGUUCCCUUUAUGGUUCCCGAGAGUAAAUGCCACACAGAGGAGGAGAGGAGUCUCGGCGACAGGCGGAGGAGGUUCUUGGACACAGAGCUGGCUCAGGACACAGAAGAGCUUUUUCAGGAUCUGAUCCAGCUCCAGGAAAUAUGGAUUGCAGAAGCUCAGGUUCCUGAUGACGAGCAGUUUGUUACUGUAUUUUACAAAACGAGGCGACGCGUAAAAUUACUGAGCAACAUUUCAGAUAAGAAUUUAUUUAUUUUUUUGUCUUGACAAGAAGUUUUGUUUUUUAAAAAUUUCAAUGCAACCAGAAAAGCUGGAAAUCGGAGUCACUGAGACUGUUAAACCUGCUUCUUCAGCGAAGAAAACAAACUUUAGUUCCCAUUCAGAUGUCUGUGUUUAAAGGCAUUUCAAGGAUAAGUGUUUGAGCCGGCAUGGGAAAGGUUUCGUUUUUAGAGGAAAAGUCGGUCGUUUUUUAAUUGUUACACGUUGCUUUACGUUAUGCAGAAAAUAACUGCAAGAAAUCUUAACAUUGAAGAGGAAAACGCUGACUAGAAGAUGUCCCAACGUUUAAAGAUAUGGUUUUAAUUUUAUACAAAAGAAUUGCAAGUUUUGCCCCAUAAACAAAUAUUCAGUGGCGUUUCUUGAUUACUCAGUGGGCCAGCAUGCAUGCAUUCAUUGUCAUUGUUUUUUUUUGUUCUCAAAUAGAAUAUUACUUGACUUUCAGAAAUCAUUUUAAAUAAUGUUAUCAGUAUUUCACUUUUCAGUUAAACUUUGUAUGUACUGCGGUUUUCACACUUGUCUCAAUCUCAAACGUCAGCAGUUUUUUUUUGUGUGUUUUUUUUUACUCUUCUCUAACUGUCGCAGCACUAAGUUGGUUGAGGGCACAGUGGACUUAAUUUUAUUUUUGUUGCUGUUGCCUCCCCCUAAUAGAUUGACACCCUGGAUGGUAAGCCACAUUUUUCAUAUCAAAAGCCGCCACUGCUGCUAAGGAAUCUGAACAAGUAAGGUCAGAUUCUGGGAAAGAACGUUCUUUCAGCAAUUUCUCUUGAUUACAUAAUUGAAGCUGUAACUCUACGGCUAAUGUCUGUAGCAUUUUCUUCUAAAGUGGCAUCUGCACUUAAGCACAGAUAUGCAGUUGUUUUGUCCCUCGCAAACCUUGUCAUCAACUUUUUCUUAGUGUUUCAGUUGCAGCUUUUUCUUUUUCGUCGGUUUCUCAGUCCGUCUUUUUUUUCGAUGGUGGCAAUUUUGUAGCAUGGCCACCGCUUUUGUUCUCAAAUUUGUAAACUCUGGGACCCGUUUGGCAGCCAAAAACAAGAACCUUGAAGCCAUGGCACUCCUUUUGUUAAUUUAGUAAGCAUAUUACCCAGACUGCUCGAAAGGGACGCUCUUGUAUUUUCUGGACCGUAUAAUCCUGAAACAUCUAUGUUGAAAAUGUCUUUUUGUGUACAUUUUUUUCCCCUUGGGUUUUAAAGCUAAUAUUUUUAGCAUUAUAUGGACUUGUAUGUAUUUCCUAUAACGGCUUAUGAUGAAAGUAUUGCUUCUAUUUUUUUGGAUUCUGUACGACUGCCACUCAUGCUUAUGAAAGGCAAGUUUUUUUUUUCUUCGAAACGCCUCACCACUUAAUGUACCGAGAUAGGUUUCUGCAUUUUUGUAUAAUUUGUUUGCUUCAGUGUGUAGAGAAAAAAAAAGUGUAUAAUUAUAUAUGGAUAUAUUUUUGCAAAAGGCUGUAUUUGCUUGCAAAUAUGUUGCAUCAGCUCUCCAAGGAGGAAGAACUCUCUGAAUCCUUCAGGCAGAAGAUGUUCCUCAUAUAUUUUACUAUAGAUCCUGACGCUGGUGUGACCUUUACCCUCAGAUACUGUAUGUGUGCCUUCUGUUUAUCUUUACUGAUAAAAUAAACUAUUUUACUCUUUUA